UCUCUCGUACACACUGAACUGAAGCCGUUAGACAAAUUUGGUUUUCAGUGUAUAUCUCUCCAUUAUAGGAAACUUAUAAAAAAUCUGUAUGAUGUUUUCAGUUCAAGACGAAGCAAAUAACUCUAAUACAAAUGGUCUAAUGCUAUUUUUCUCCUGCUCUACAAAACUUGACGGAAAAAUAUAUAUCCGGUUUAAGGAAAAAGAUAUGCCGGUUGAUAUCCAACAAAUAUGGACUCAGUUCACUUGUAACUACUGCAAGGGAUUGAGGAAUAAACCAAAAAUUUUCAUAUUUGAGAUCAGAAUGAUACAUGAAGUGGCAUUCGAGUCGACUCAGCUCAGAGCUCCGACGUAUUCUCUUACCUAUGACACCCCCCCUGAAGCUGACUACUGGUUAUUUACAAUAAAACAACAGAUGAGACUCACGGCAAGCUCAUGAACAAACUAGGCAAGCACAUGAGAAAGUACGGACAGCGGGAGGACAUCAUUACUCUGGUCUCCUGCAUUCCUUCCAAUAAUUUUCGACCAAUGAUCAUCUCAACGUUGACCAAGAAGUUCUAUUUCACGCCAAGCGAAUAUCGAGGACAUCAUUACAAUUUGUACGAAAUAG